UGGUCCAUUAUGGAAUACCAGAAACUGCAGUGACUUGCGUGUACUAUAUAUCUAUGCAUGUAUAGCCAGAAAGGGUAGGAAUUUGCAGACCCUUCCCUCCCUCUCUUGGGUAUUGAGUAUUCUCUUUUUAAAAGGGAAUAAAGCCAAGAGAUGCAAUGAACCUUUAGAUUUAUAAGAUCUGUGAAUACCAAGAAAUAGAUUGGUAGAAAUCUUUGAGAGAGUUGAGAGUGGUAGCUAACAUGGCUGGUGUGUCUCAGUUUCAGAAGCAGUAUGCUGAUUACAAAGCCUCACUCUUUCAUGAGGGGGUUCUGGAUGAACAGUUUGACCAACUUCAGCAGCUGCAAGAUGAGAGCAACCCAAACUUUGUGGUUGAAGUGGUGUCUCUCUUCUUUAAAGAUUCUGAGAGGCUUUUGAAUGACCUGACCAAGACUCUAAGUCAGCAGGGUGUUGACUUCAAAAAGGUGGGUGCCAAUGUUCACCAGUUGAAAGGUAGCAGCUCCAGCAUUGGUGCUCAGAGGGUUCAGAGGGUCUGCAUUGCAUUUCGUAACUAUGGUGAGGAGCACAACAUUGAAGGGUGCCUAAAAACUCUUCAGCUAGUGAAGCAUGAAUAUGCCAUUGUGAAAAUUAAACUGGAAACUCUUUUCAAGCUGGAGCAACAGAUUUUGGCUGCUGGCGGUAUCGUACCAUGUAAUGAAGUUGAAGAGCUGAUCCAGUGAAGUUGCCAUAGCAACAAGGUCACAGAGUAUGUAGCUAGAUUUUCAGAGAAGCUCGGUUUAAUGUACUUCCGUGUUUAUCUUUCUCUCCUAUUUGGUUUGUGCUUCCCAAGCUUCUUGGGGCUCAAAGAACCUAGUACAUUAUGGCUAAGAAUGUGCAAUGAAUAUUUCUCCCUCUUAAUUUUA